UCUCUGUUGCGCUGCUUCAUGUGGGCCGAAGGCGGCGCUGCAGCCCUAUGUUCAAGGGACACUGAAACGCCGCUGAGAGAGAGGAGAGCUUUUGUGCUGAAACUAAAAACCAACCCUGAACCUGACACAUGAAUUAAAACAAUUCCUGCGUAAGAGGCCAGUAGAGGACUGUCUGGAUAAAUAGUUGAACGAGCAUGGAGUUCCCGCAACAACAGAAGCCGGCGGGGGAAGGCAAAAUCAUCUAUCCUCCGGGGGUAAAAGAGAUCACUGACAAAAUCAGCAACGAUGAAGUGGUGAAACGGUUAAAGAUGGUGGUGAAGACGUACAUGGAUAUGGACCAGGACUCUGAGGAGGACAAACAGCAGUACUUGGGGCUGGCCUUGCAUCUGGCCUCUGAGUUCUUCCUGAGGAACCCCAACAAAGACGUGCGGCUGCUCGUGGCCUGCUGUCUUGCAGACAUCUUCCGCAUCUAUGCCCCCGAGGCGCCCUACACCUCACACGACAAACUCAAGGAUAUUUUUCUAUUCAUCACACGGCAGUUGAAAGGGUUGGAGGACACCAAGAGUGCCCAGUUCAAUCGCUACUUCUACCUUCUGGAGAACCUGGCAUGGGUAAAGUCUUAUAACAUCUGCUUUGAGCUUGAAGACUGCAACGAGAUCUUCAUUCAGCUCUUCAAAACCCUCUUCUCUGUCAUCAAUAACAGUCACAAUCAGAAGGUACAGAUGCAUAUGUUGGAUCUGAUGAGUUCCAUCAUAUUGGAGGGAGAUGGAGUCACACAAGAACUGCUGGACACCAUUCUCAUCAACCUCAUACCAGCCCACAAGAACUUGAAUAAGCAGGCAUAUGAUCUGGCUAAAGCUUUGCUGAAGAGGACUGUACAGACCAUUGAAACGUGCAUCGCCAAUUUCUUUAAUCAGGUGCUGGUGAUGGGGAAGUCCUCGGUGAGUGACCUCUCCGAGCACGUGUUCGAUCUCAUCCAGGAGCUGUUCGCCAUCGACCCUCUGCUGCUGGUGUCGGUCAUGCCCCAGUUGGAGUUCAAACUGAAGAGUAAUGAUGGUGAGGAGCGGUUGGCAGUGGUGAGGUUGUUGGCCAAACUCUUUGGUGUGAAGGACUCUGAACUGGCCACUCAAAACCGGCCGCUGUGGCAGUGCUUUCUGGGAAGAUUUAAUGACAUUCACGUCCCUGUGAGACUGGAAUGUGUGAAGUUUGCCAGCCACUGCCUGAUGAAUCAUCCUGACUUGGCAAAAGACCUUACAGAUUUCCUUAAAGUGCGGUCACAUGACCCGGAGGAGGCCAUCCGUCAUGAUGUCAUCGUAACGAUCAUCAACGCUGGCAAGAAGGACCUGAACCUGGUGAAUGACCAGCUGCUGGGGUUUGUCAGGGAGAGGACGCUGGACAAGAGGUGGCGUGUGCGGAAGGAAGCCAUGAUGGGUCUAGCUCAGCUGUUCAAGAAGUACUGCCUACAUCACGAGGCUGGGAAAGAAUCCGCUCAGAAGAUCAGCUGGAUCAAAGACAAGCUGCUGCACAUCUACUACCAGAACAGCAUCGAUGACAAGCUGCUGGUGGAGAAGAUUUUUGCUCAGUACAUGGUUCCUCACAGUCUGGAGACUGAGGAGAAGAUGAAGUGUCUUUAUUACCUCUAUGCCUGCCUGGACACCAACGCAGUCAAGGCUCUGAAUGAGAUGUGGAAGUGUCAGAACAUGCUCCGAGGGCUGGUGAGGGAGCUGCUGGACCUUCACAAACUUCCCACGUCUGAAGCCAACAGUGUUGCCAUGUUUGCAAAGCUGAUGACCAUUGCCAAGAACCUGCCUGACCCAGGGAAGGCUCAGGACUUCAUGAAGAAAUUUAACCAGGUGCUGGGGGAGGACGAGAAGCUGCGUGUGCAGCUGGAGCAGCUCAUCAGCCCCACGUGCUCCUGCAAGCAGGCCGAGCUGUGUGUGAGAGAGAUUACAAGGAAGUUGACGUUCCCCAAGCAGCCCACCAACCCCUUCUUGGAAAUGGUCAAGUUCCUGCUGGAGAGGAUUGCACCUGUGCACAUAGAUUCUGAAGCUAUCAGUGCUCUGGUUAAACUGUUGAAUAAAUCCAUUGACGGAACGGCUGAUGACGAAGAGGAGGGAGUCACCCCCGACACAGCCAUUCGCUCAGGCCUGGAGCUGCUCAAGGUUCUGUCGUUCACUCACCCCACCUCCUUCCACUCUAGCGAGACCUAUGAGUCACUUCUGCAGUGUCUGAAGAUGGAGGAUGACAAAGUGGCCGAGGCAGCCAUCCAGAUAUUCAGGAACACGGGACACAAGAUUGAGACAGAGCUACCACAGAUUCGCUCAACUCUGAUCCCCAUCCUGCAUCAGAAAGCGAAGCGUGGCACCCCACACCAGGCCAAACAGGCUGUUCACUGCAUCCACGCAAUCUUCCACAACAAGGAGGUGCAGCUGGCCCAGAUAUUUGAGCCUUUGUCUCGCAGUCUGAACGCUGAUGUCCCGGAGCAGCUGAUCACUCCCCUGGUGUCGCUGGGCCAUAUCUCUAUGCUGGCCCCAGAUCAGUUCGCCUCGCCCAUGAAGUCCAUCGUCGCCAACUUCAUUGUCAAGGACCUGCUUAUGAAUGACCGAUCAUCAGGUAACAGGAAUGGCAAACUGUGGACCACAGAUGAGGAGGUGUCUCCUGAAGUGCUCGCUAAAGUGCAGGCCAUAAAGCUUUUGGUGCGCUGGUUACUGGGCAUGAAAAACAACCAGUCCAAGUCUGCCAACUCCACACUGAGAUUACUGUCGGCUAUGCUGGUCAGUGAGGGGGACCUGACAGAGCAGAAGAAAAUCAGUAAAUCAGACAUGUCCAGGCUGAGGUUGUCUGCUGGAUGUGCCAUAAUGAAGCUUGCUCAGGAGCCCUGUUACCAUGACAUCAUCACCCCAGAACAGUUCCAGCUCUGUGGGCUCGUCCUGAACGAUGAGUGCUACCAGGUGAGGCAGAUCUUUGCCCAGAAGCUGCAUCUGGCCCUGGCGAAGUUGUCUCUGCCGCUUGAGUACCUGGCAGUGUUUGCCCUGUGUGCUAAGGACCCGGUGAAGGAGCGCCGUGCCCACGCCCGCCAGUGCCUGCUCAAAAACAUCAGCGUCCGCAGGGAGUUCAUCAAACAGAACCAGGUGGCACACGAUAAGUUGGUGUCCCUCCUUCCUGAGUAUGUGGUGCCCUUUAUGAUCCAUCUGCUGGCACACGACCCAGACUUCACCAAACCACAGGACUUUGAACAGCUCAUCGCCAUCAAAGAGUGCUUGUGGUUCAUGUUGGAGGUGCUGAUGGUGAAGAAUGAGAACAACAGUCACGCCUUCCUCAGGAAGAUGGUGGAGAACAUCAAACAGACUAAGGACGCCCAGGCCCCUGACGACCCCAAAACAAACGAGAAGCUGUACAUUGUGUGUGAUGUGGCGUUAUUUGUUAUUGUGAACAAGAGCACUUCCUGUCAUUUGGAUUGUCCCAAGGAUCCAAUCCUUCCAACCAAAUUUUACACCACACCAGACAAGGACUCUGUCAAUGAUAAGGACUACCUCUCCUCUGAAGCUAGGACGGUUCUUCUCACAGGAAAGCCGAAACCUGUUCCAGUUCUCGGUGCUGUUAAUAAGCCCCUAACGGUUCCUGGACGGCGGCCAUAUACCAAAAGCACCCCAACAGAGGCAGGAAACAACAACAGCACCAACACCCCACCCACCACACCUGCAUCCAUUAAGACCAGGGACACGGGGGCUGUCGCAUCUGUUACCGGAGCAAGAGAAAAUGAAGAGAACCCUGUGAUUGUGGUUAAAGAGGUCAAAAAGAAGGAGGACCCCCAGACGGAGAACAGCGUCACCCCCAACCCCCCAGCAGCGACGCCUCCGCCAGUGAAGCGCGGACGAGGACGGCCGCCCAAGAGCGCAGCCGCCGUGACACCUGAGAAAGAGGCAGGGGCGCCGGCCAGCGGAGGCGGCCGGGGCAGGAAGAGAACAGCACCAGCUCAGGACCACACCUCCACGGCAGCUACGGAGCCAAACAGCGGGAAGAUACCAAAACAGGAAGAUGCCAAGAAGGCUGGGACACAGAGACAGAUGGACCUGCAGAGGUAAAGGAGGGGUCAUGCUGAAGUGUUCACCUGUACAGAAAUUACCUGCCUUCCCCCAGACUCCAGCUCUUCUCAUGCAUAACCCCAUCACAAAUGCGUGUGUGUGUACACACACACACACACACACACACACACACACACAAUCAGACAUACUGCCCUUUAGAAGUGAAUGAUGAAAGCUGAAGUGUGUUUGUGUUUAGUUUUUUUUCUCUGUUGUUUUUAAACUCGGGCAGUUUUAAACUGAGAAUUGCCUGCAAUUAAAUCCUGCAGAUUUUCCACUCUU